AUGACGGUGGUGAGGAUCAAUGGAUGGGACGACCAUAACUUCCUGCGGGCAAGAUGGAUCAAAGCACCAGAGAGGAGGAGACCCGGCCAGACCAGCGCGCAUGUAGCAGCCACCCUCCGUACGGAAAAGAUCGCCAAUGAUGCAAUUAGAUGGGGGAUAACAAUCCGAGGUAAGAGCUGCAAUGUAAGGAGACUGACGAAGGAGGCCACUAGGUGCAAUAGAUGUCAAAGGUUUGGGUGCCACUUCGCAGCCCAAUGCCGAGAAAUUCACAACACUUGUGGAACGUGCGGCAGCAUCUCGUACGCAACCGCCAAAUGUGAGUACAAAGAUAAGCACGAGAAACAUUACUGUGUAAAUUGUAGGCAGGCAGGACACGCCGCUUGGAGCUGUGACUGCCCAACCCUGAAGGAGAAGAAUCGCGAGGUCAACGAAUGA